GCUGGAGGGGUUCAUUCUGCAUCACAUCCUAUUUUUCAGAAGAUGGCUGCUGCUUGGAAAAAGCUAACUGUUGUGGGAGAUGUUGCCUGUGGCAAGACAUGCCUCUUGCUUGCCUUCUGCAAGGAACAGUUUCCCAAAUGCUAUGAGCCAACAGUGUUUGAAACCUACAUCAACGACACUGAGGUUGAUGGGAAGUCAAUGAAGCUGAUGCACUUCGAUGUAGCAGGGCAGCGCCAAGGUAAUUAUCAGCACUUCCGUUCGUUGUUCUAUCAAGGCACAAGUGUCAUCUUAAUGUGCUUCUCAGUGGACAGGCCAAAUGCCCUGCAGAACAUCCUUGACAUUUGGAUUCCAGAAGUCAAGCAGUUCUGCCCCACAGCUCCCAUUGUUCUAGUGGCUACCAAGAAAGAACUGAGGAAUGAUGAGGGUGUGCUGGAAAGACUUGCUACACUGGAACAAGAGCCAAUAAAGACGGAAGAAGGAAAAGCCUUGGCUGCUAGCAUUGGGGCAUAUGCCUACCUGGAGUGCUCUGCGAAGACGAACGAUGGCAUUGAGAGAGUCUUGCAGAUUAUUGGUCAAGCUGCAAUACAAGAUGGAACAAAGAAGAAAAGAAAGCAUCAUGUGUUCUUCAGAUUGUUCACUUGUGGACAGAAGCAAUGAAGUAAAAAAGAAUGCCAGAGAUGCAGCCAACAGUUGAGAGAGAUUUUCAACCAAGGGUGAGAUGGGGACAUCCCAUCAGCAGCAGUGGUGAGUCUCCAGAAGCCGUAUGAGAUGUAGUUGAACUUGGAUGAAUGUAUGCACACCUCCUUUCUUUCAAGCACAGAUAUUAAGAGCAUUGUUGGCUGUCCUGGAAAGGAGAUUUUAA